AUGACCAAGGUGGUGUUUUACAAUGAGGUGGAGAUCGAGGACUUUCAAUAUGACGAGGACUCUGAGACAUAUUUCCACCCUUGCCUCUGUGGGGAUAACUUCUCCAUCAAAGAAGAUUUGGAGAAUGGAGAAGAUGUGGCAACGUGUCCUAGCUGCUCUCUCAUUAUAAAAGAUUAUGACAAAGAUCAGUUUAUGUGUGGAGAAACAGUCCCACCACCUUCAACCAACAAAGAGUUAGUUCAACGCUGA